CAACCAAGACUGAAAAACAGUGUAUAAAAGAUAUCUGACAGUGUCAUUUGUCUGCGUACGUUUAGAAUUUAUGGAGGAAAAUGGUUUUAAGACCUGAUAACCAAGUGCUACAACAAGUGGUUCAUGUUUUAUCCACUUUCCUUUUCAUUAAUUUUACGAACUUUGGAUUUGUCUGCUUGAUUUUCUGUAUAUAUGUGAUUCUUGGUCACCUGGGAAUACUGAACAGUUUGAGGAAGAGUAAAACAAAGUCAAUUUCUUUACCAUGGAUGGAAACUCUGUUCAGGAACCUCUUCUUUUGAGUGAAAUAAGUGUCAAGAAAACAUCUCUCUUUGUUUCAUCAGUGAAAUGGAUUCUCAAGAUUCUAAUGUGGGCUAUUUUUGUUGCAUGGAUUGGGGUUAUCUUUCUCUUCCCAACACAGUUUGGUAAUGGAUUGCUUGAGAAAUACAUUCAUGCCACCAAUGGAAAUCCUUGCGGUAUUACAGGAAGCUUAUUCCUUGUAUUAAGUGGACCGGUUCUUGUUAUUGCCUUUCUUUCCAUAUUUCAUCUUAUCAUAUCUGGUGACGAGGAGUUCCAGCAGAAGAAGAGUUCGAAACACCCAGGCGUCCGCUUAUGGACAUUCCCUUUUCUUGUGGAUGGACCAUUCGGGGUUGUUUCUGCUGCUGAGUUUAUUGGCAUUCUACUCUUUGUUGUGUAUGUUAUCUGGGCCUUGUAUGCUUAUAUAAUCCAGAGUCUCAACCGUAUAUCUGGGGAGGAUUUGACCCUUAUGGAGGAAAGUAUUCUGUUCUUGAAAAUGAUGGGAGGUCAUCUUGGUUCAAUGGGAUUAUAUUGCAUGGCAUUUUUGUUUCUUCCUGUUGCAAGAGGAUCAGUUCUUCUCCGUUUUAUCAAUAUCCCAUUUGAGCAUGCCACGAGAUACCAUGUAUGGCUGGGGCACCUGACAAUGGUGCUGUUUACUCUCCAUGGGCUAUUGUACGUAGUUGGAUGGGCAAUGGAGGGCAACCUCCUGCAUAAACUAUUAUCAUGGAAAGAUAUUGGUGUUGCUAUUCUUCCUGGAGUUAUCAGCCUUGUCGCUGGUCUAUUGAUGUGGGUGACAUCACUUCCUCCUGUUCGGAAGUGGAAUUUUGAAUUGUUCUUUUACACCCAUCAACUAUACGUGGUCUUUGUUCUCGGCUUGGCAUUGCAUGUUGGUGACUUUAUUUUUAGUAUGGCUGCUGGUGGAAUAUUUCUUUUCAUGCUUGAUCGAUUUCUGAGAUUAUGCCAAUCACGAAGGACUGUUGAUAUAAUUUCAGCCAAGAGCCUUCCAUGUGGAACUGUGGAAUUGGUCCUUUCAAAACCUGGAAAUCUGCGGUACAAUGCCCUCAGUUUUGUAUUCCUUCAAAUUCGGGAAUUAUCUUGGCUGCAAUGGCAUCCUUUCAGUGUUUCAUCUAGUCCCUUGGAUGGUAAAUAUCAUUUGUCAAUUCUUAUAAAAGUUCUUGGGGAGUGGACAGCUAGGCUCAGAGGAAGUAUCAUGAACAUAUCCGAGGCUGAACAACCAGCUUCCCCUUCCCAACCUCGUCCUAAGAUAACAGCUUCUGUUGAGGGGCCAUACGGGCAUGAAGCGCCAUACCACUUGAUGUAUGAAAACCUUAUUUUGGUAGCAGGUGGCAUAGGGAUUUCACCUUUCCUAGCGAUUUUGAGUGAUAUUCUCCACCGUGUUAAUGAAGGGAGACCCUGCUUGCCACGGAAUAUUUUGAUUGUUUGGGCUGUGAAAAGAUCAAAUGAACUUCCUCUUCUCUCGACGAUGGACCUGGAAUCAAUUUGUCCAUAUUUCUAUGACAAAUUAAAUCUUGAGAUUUCCAUCUAUGUUACUCGAGAGUCAGAUCCUCCAUUGGAGGAGGGUGAUAUUCAUAAUGUUACAGUUUCUUCUGUUUGCCCCAUGUCAAAGGGCUGUGGCAUGUCGGUUUUGGUUGGUACAGGUGACAGUAUAUGGUCUGGCCUGUACGUCAUCUCGUCUACAGUGGGCUUUGUUAUUUCGCUGGGUAUUUUGUAUAUAUUUUACAUAAAUCCUUGUAGCAUAUCAACUUGGUGGUACAAAGGACUCCUUUUUUUCGGAUGUAUGCUUGCAAGUGUUGUUAUCUUUGGGGGUCUUGUGGUUGGUUUAUGGCAUCUUUGGGAAAAGAAGAUUUCUGCCAGGGAAGAAUACGAGGAAAAUAGGCUAAAGCCUGGCAUGGUUCAGCAUAAUGAAGAUGCGGUGAAUUUGUUUCAGAAAAACCAUACUAGUAUAACCACUAUUCAGUAUGGUUCAAGACCAGACUUCAAAGAAAUAUUCGGAUCCAUAUCGGAGCACUGGGGUUAUGCAGAUGUGGGUGUCAUCAUAUGCGGUCCUCCAACUCUUGAGACCAGUGUUGCUAGAGAAAUCAGGUCUCGGAAUUUAAAGAGAGAAUCCCACCAUCCAGUCUUCCAUUUCCACAGUCAUGCUUUUGAUUUGUAGAUGCCGUGUCCAGAAAAAAUGUCUAGGAGUAUAUGUGUAUAUAAUGGAGCCUAGAGGCUAUAAUAUGCAGCUGGAAUGAGGUGGCGUUCACCUGCAGCAGCUUCUUCAGAGAUGCAAUGCAAGUAGAGCAUGCAUCAUUCACGCUUGUAAUGCUCACGAAACCUGUAAGAAUAGCACCCAAUUAUAUCUUAUGGAUGUUGGAAUCAAAUAUGUAUAAGAAGUGCAUGUAGUUAACAACAGCAUAUGGAUAUGGUCGAGGGAAAGUGCAUAGCAGAUAUAUGUGAUUAAUUUCUGUUUUUAUU